AUGUCGAAUUCUUUGUUGACUGCAGAUAUUGCUGGCGAUACGAUUAUAGAAAACCAACCAGCUACAAAUGAAAGGUCUAAAUUGAUGUGGAAAGCCUACAAUAAUGAGACCUGGUCGAUCAAAAACCUUGGUGAUCAAAAGAUGAUUAGGACAGAGAAUCCAAUACUGUAUCAAAUCUGCAUGGUCGAGAAUAUAAGUCGGUCGAAGUUGAACCUUAUAGAUGAUUUGAAGGUACGAAUUGACCCAAGAACCCAACGUGUUGAUCGAUUAAAUUCAACCAAGCAUGGUGAUGCUCGGGACUAUGCAAAAAAAAAAAAUUCCUCAGAAGACACAUCGCUAAUUACUGCUAUGGAUGUCGAAUCGGACAUGCCUCCGUUGGAGGGGAAUGACGGUAAUGGGGCGAAUAAAACCGUUUACAAAUUAACGUUACAGGAUAAAUCUGGGGCUAUGUUUUAUGCCAUGAAUUUGAAGCCAAUGAGUAUGCUCAAAAACGACGGAGCUGCGUGUAUGUUAGGUGCCAAACUCGUGAUUCUACCGGGUGCCUUCUUCAACAGAGGCGUCUUUCUCCUGGACGACAAGACCGCCACUUUCAUGGGCGGCGUUGUGAAAAAGUGGAACGACGGCCGAGAUAAUAAGACAUGCGAGUAUUUGGAGGCAAGGCUCGCAGAUCAAGUCUCGCCUGGUGUUAGAAAAAGGAGGGCAGUUGACUAG